UUGAGUCCGACAUCGUGUGAAAAAACCCAAGACAAUCAUGAAGUCCAAUCAAAUACCGCAGCAUAUUACCACACCAUGGCAUGCUUAACCGCCUGCGUUGUUUUCGACAUAUGUUUGCAAAUUACUGCACGAUCCUGCGAAGUCCGACCAUCUCAGAAUCUUUGCUUCCGUACUCCAAGAGUGCGAAGGCCCUUAUAUCCGAUUUCCCCCCACAGCCGAUAGCCCACAAGAACGGAACUAUUCCGUGUCCGGAUCGCUUUGGUUAUCAUCUUGGCUGUGCGAUGCUUGUUUCAUUGGCAGUGUUGGGUAAUCUUUCCCGACCAUAUCGCGACAUUUUCUGGAGUACGGCUCUCCUUCGUAAGUCAAGAUACUCUCGGACAUCUUUGAAUCAUCAUAUACGAACAAUGCGUUCCAAUCAAAAACGGCGACAUCUUUGUAAAGUAUAUAUUGCUUGUGGCAUCUGAAUACUUAUUCGCUUGUUGAAUUAUGGCCCAUUUUCCGGAAAGGAUAGCGAACCUCUCUCG